CUGCUUGUAAAUAGAGGCUGUAAAUAUAACGUAUAUAGAUUAAAGAUGAGUUUGGGUGCGCGCGCCACCAAAGGUGGUGCAAAAGGGGGCGCCAAGGAUGGCAAACACGCACAAGACACCCGGAAGACCACAGACAAAGUCCAGAGCAAGGAGAAGGUGAAACCACAGGCAACAACAGAACAGCUCCGAAUGGCACACAUGAUCGAUCGUAAAAGCGAAGACGCGUCUGACGUUCGAAGAAUGGUGCUGGAGCUCAUGGAGAUGACGUGUCGCACGGAGGAGGAGGUGUGCUCGGCGUUGCACGACUCCGACAACGACAUGGUGGCGGCCUGCAACCUGCUGCUCGAGGAGAGCCAGCGGAUACAGGGCGAGUGGCAAACUAGUGAGAAAAAGAAAAAGAAGCCACCCGCUACUGCAGGCAAUGGCGAAAUAGAACCGCCACGGGACCCGCGCAGUCGCUCCGGUCCUAGGCCACGGCGCGGGUCGGGCGAGCGCGGGGAGCGCGGCGAGCGCGGCGAGGGCGGCUGGCGGGGGCGCGGCGCGGCGCGGGGGCGCGGGGGCGCGCGCGGGGGGCGCGGGGGCGCGGCCCGCCGGGCGCGCCCCGCCCGCCAAUGUGAUGUCACAAUAACUAACUUAUCUACUCUCCCAGGUGGAGGCAACAUCGCCGACUCGUUCCCCACCACAGAAGACUGGGACAACGAGGAGUGGUCCGGAUCUCUCUCAGACACCAAGGCUGACGUGUUGCAGGUGUUCACGCCCAGCGUCAACGCGCAGGCCUCGCCCGACGGCGACGCCGCGCCCGCCGGCGCCACCGAGUGGGAGGGCGCGGAGGCCAACGGGCCGCUGGAGGCGCACAUCCCGAGCUACACCUACCACAACAGCGCGCAUCUGCCGCACAGAGACCCAAUGGGAAUGUCUGGCAGUUUGACAGCCGCACAGUCGCAGUAUCUGUCGCAACUCACGCAACAAUCGCAGAGGCACGACAAUAGUGUAUACACAUCGAACUACGGCGUGUACAGCUCAUCAGACAUCACCAGCCAAAGGAAACCGCAGCGAGCGCGAGUGCCGCCACCUUCAAAGAUCCCGUCGUCGGCGGUGGAGAUGCCGGGCGGCGCGGAGGGCGCGGCCAUGUUCCUGGACGUGCAGUUCGGCGCGCUCGAGCCCGACCAUCUGCAGGACGCGCCGCACGCGCCCAAGCCCCAGGCAGCAGCAGCGCCCACGCCUACAGAAGCAGUGCCACACGAGCAGCCAGCCGAACCGGCGUCGUACCCCGCGCACGCGCAGCAUCCGCAGCAGCAACACGUGCAGCAGCAGCAACACGCGCAGCAGCAGCACGCGCAACAGCAACACGUGCAACAGCAACAUGCGCAGCAGCAGCACGCGCAACAACAGCACGCGCAACAACAGCACGCGCAGCAACAGCACGCGCAGCAAGUCGCGCAGCAGCAUCAGCAGCAACACCAGCAGCACACCACCACACACUCCACGCAUCCCACUCACACAGCCCCUGCUGCGCUCUUAAACGAGAGCUUAUCAGUAGUGGAAUCAACUCCAGUCAGUCAACCUACAACUACGGAACCUGCAGUCACAAACACAACGUCGGCGCUAGAGGCACAGCUGUCGGCGUCCAUCAAGCAGCUGUCGGUGUCCGCGGGCGAGGCGGCGGCCGCGCCCGCGCCGCACGCGCUGCCCGCGCAGCCCGCGCACCACGCCGCCGCGCACCCGCGCCCCAAGACUGUCGGACAACAGAACGUUUACGCACACCACGCAGUGUCGCAUCACCCGCCCGUAUACGGAGCUAACGUGUAUGCGCCACAGGUGAACUCUACGAACGCGUCGCUGACGGGCGCGUCGGGCAUGACGGCCACGGCCUACCCCUCCAGCGUCACGCUCACACAGUACCAGCCCAUGAUCAACUCCUACCAGCAGACGUCGUCGUCCGGCGGCGUGUACGGCGGCAGCGCCCUGUACACGGCCGCGCCCUACACGGCCUACCAGCCCACCGCGCAGCCCAAGGGCCCGCCCAAGGACACGCCGCAGUACGACAGUUCAGUAGCGUCAAGUAAUAGCUUAACGAACACGACAACACAAACGCAAACCUCCACAGCCAAAGUAGCGACCACGACAGUGGUAGCGGGCCACGGGUCGGGCUACGCGGGCGGCGCGCUCUACGGCGCGGGCGCUACGCCGGCCUACGCGCCCUACGACGACCAGAUCAUGCGAUCCACGCUGCCCCAUCAUAUGGUAACAAGUCAGGGCGGCUACUACGAGGUGGGCUACGGCGGGCGCGACGCCACGUUCGGGCUCAGCGCCGGCGAGCGCUUCGGCAGGACCGACGCCGCCUCGCCGCAACAGGUGCCGGCGGCAGCGCUCCCUCCGGGCUACGCGUACUUCGCGUACCAACCCCCGCCCACCACCUACCAGUACGGUGUCUAUCCUACGUACGGCGGCGGCUCGGGCGUGGGCGCGGUGGGCGGCGUGGCGGCGGCCGGCAAGGUGUCGUCCUACUCGGGCGCGGCCUACGAGCCCGAGUACAAGGCGGCCGGGCCCUACUCGCACGCCGCGCAGCCGCCCAAGCAGCCGCCCGCGCAGGACCUCAACAACGCCAUCUACGCCAAGGGCCACGUCGCGCUCAACAAGGUCAACAGCUACGAGAAGGCGUCGUUCCACAGCGGCACGCCGCCCCCGUUCGGCGGCGCCUCGCACCUGUACAUCCCCGCGCCGCCGCACCACCACCACCACCACGCGCCGCAGCAGCACCAGAUGGAUGUACGGGUGAACAGUAGUCAUAUUAGGCGGGAGAGCGGUGCGGGCGGCGGACGAGCGGCCGCCAGCAAGCCCGCGGCGAGCAAGCCGAGCUACUCGCAGUCCUACUGGGCGCCUAACUAGCCGAUAUACAGGCGGGGCCGAGCCGUGCGGGCGCGGGCGAACUCGCCGCAGCUUCGCCAGUAGCGCUCCACAGAUGCAACACAUUCAGUUCUACUCGUAACCUGUACCUAUCUAAUGUAACUCAUUGUAAAAUAUUACUAAAGGAAAUUGACUCAAAACAAACUAUGUUAAUAAUUAUUUUAUAAAUUCAUAGUGUAAAGGGCAUCGCCGCCGUCACCUAGUUUUUUUUUUCAAUUUUUUUGACACUACAAUCGUCGUCGGUAGCGAGAUGUCGGUUAGUUUUUAAUGAUGCAAUAUAAUUAUGUAUUUUAUUUGUUGUAUAAGCGUCGUGACGACGUCGAUGCAGUCUCAUUCGUUAAGUCCGAUAACAUAGGUUUCAAUUGUUUUAAAAAAAUUACCUCUAGUGCUAUGUAUAUCUAAUAAAGUAUGUAUAUGUAUGUAAGCAUUUGGUACGCUAUGCGCGCCGAAGUUUUUUAUUUAGUUGACAUACUUUUUGUAAUUAACACUUAUUAUUAAAAAUGAUUAAAGAGAUGUCAUAGGACGAUAAUCGUAAUUGUAACGAGUAUAAUAGUCGAGCUCUUUUAUAUGUGGAAGAAUGCAGUUGUGAUGAUCUCGCGGGCAUUUGAGAGUAUGACGGAUUACACAUAUUGGAACUUGA